GUGAAGGUCUUCAGGAACGACAACGAAAAUCAAGAUGCACGAGGCUGUCGUUAUCGACUGAUCUUUUCUUUAACACUAAGCACAUUUUUUCUGCCACCUGGCGUCUGUUGCCUCCUUCUAUGUUGAGUAAGACUGCUAUAGUGCUGCGCCAGCAAGAUGAGAUCAUAAAAAGCUAAAACUAUUGAAAAGCAAGCACGAAUAAAAAUACGAUAGUACAGUGAGACGAGCAGCGGUCCUGAUCUUGUUUGCACUACUAAGUACACUACAAGGAAACAAAAAUCUACUUCACCAGCAGCGUCCUAAGCGUGGACAAGGAAAUUACCAUGUUUCUACGACCCGCUAGUACUACUCCUUCACAGGAGGAGGCGCCCGCUGCCGCCUUCGCGUCUGCGGCUCUCCGCGGAAAUGUGGUGGAACAAGACGGAAAAAUUUUGAAGAAGACCACACCAGCACACGACGAGACGAGCAGACUUCCGUACCAGCAAGAUGUUGAAGCAGGAGAACAACAUGGUUCUCGUUCUGCUGUAUGCACCUCCCGCGUUCUCCGGUUUCCGCUGUCGAAGCAGGAUCCGUGGCAGAAGGAGAAGCUGGAACUGUUGAACAAAAUCGAGCAGGAGGAAAAAGAAAAUGAGAGUUUUCCUCUUCAAAGUUGUCACAGCGUUAAGAACAUUCUUGUCCAGUACGAAGAAAAGAAAGAAACCGUGGUCGUGACGAUCUCGCUUGCUGGCGGUUGCGGCGGUCGUGGUGAUCUCGUUCUUGCUGCGCAAAAUGAUCAUGGUGACCACAAUGUUGACGAAAAGGUCCAACAGCAUGAUCAGGCAGAAUCUAGUACCGGUGGUGGAGCCACGGAAACUGCAAGCCGAGAAACCACGACGACAACACAGGACCUCAAUCUGUUCGAACUUCUGCUCCGGAUCGCCGAUAUUCUCACCCAAAACGUCCACGACCUGUACUUCGAAGAGACAAGAGACCCGCGGAGAGGCUUGUUUCUGCUACACAAGCUCAGUUUCAUCGAUGGGACGUUGGAAUUGCUGGAGCCGGAGAAAAAAGACCUGCUCGCGAAAAUUCAGGAGUACUGCGACGGUGUUCUUACCAAUGCAUCGUCGACGUGGUCGGGUGCUGCUUUUCAUUCACCUACCGCAUCUGGAGCAGCAGCUGCAGCUCCAGGCUCUUUACAUCAAUCCGACGUCGCGACACCGUCCUCGACCACGGCUAGUACCGUGAACAUGUUGAGCAUGGGUGAUACAAAAGACCAUGUAGCUUCUUGCGUUCAGCUCCUUUCGGAGAAGCUGUUCGACGUGGAAAGUCUGACCACCACGACUUGCACGACUAGUACACCUAGCACGUCGACGAGUUGUCAAGACAUCGAUGAAACCCACAAGAACUGCCGGAUCGGGAACAAUUUCCUGCACCCCAACCUCCAGGUGGGCAAUUCGAAGGUCUCCGGCGACGGGCUGUACGUGAAGGGCAACACCGACGGGCUGCGGUGCAACGACACGAUUUUGAAAAUUUCCGCCACCCACAUUCUGAACGCGGUCACGGCGUUUCGCGACGCGGCAUUUCGCAAGUACUACCACUUACUAAGGUUAGAGCAGUGCGACGAGGAACACAUCGCCAUGGCCUACCUGAUCUACCUGCGGAAACGGUUUGACAUGGAGGCCGCCGCUGGUGGUGGUGGUGUAAACGCGGGGGUCGUGGAAGGAACCGAUAAAGAACUAUCCGAAGAAGUAAAGAAAGCCGGUGGAGAGAAUCUCCUAAGUACGAACUCAGCGGGACGACGGGGAGCAAGAACUUCUGCCUACAGCUCCUCCCACCCGCUGCACUACCUGAUCCACAACAACCUACCGCAAACGCUGGACGACUGCUAUGGCUUGGUUAGAUGUUACAAUCUCAAACGUUGCAAUAGAAUUUGAAACUUGUGCUGCAUGAUGAGCAUGACAGACUCGCAGAGGGUUCCGCUUUCUGCAAUACAAAUUUCGCCAGAUUGUAAUCGGGUUUGGGACUCCGGAACUUGUCAUGCGCAAUCCUAUGAGAGUGGGCUAGAAUUACAUGCGCUCCUGCAUCACAGAUUUGCAUAUUCUAUUGUAACGCUUGAGAUUGUAACAGCUGAGCAGGUUAUAACUGCCCGCCAACGCUUUUGCAGUGGCCCGAGGAAGCUCUGGAGAAUCUCUACUGCCCGCAGGUAAUUUUUCAGGUGGAGGCGCAGCGCAUGGAAGUCAACGAAUUCUACCGGUCUCUGAGCCAGGUGGUGUUCAACUAUGAGAAACACAAGCAGAUUCACGAGGACUUCAAGCAGAAUGCUCAAAAUGAAAAUUGUGUUGGCUCAUCUCCUUCCAGUUGCAUUCUUGGAGAGGAAGUAGGGGACCACGCGGCCGACAAAAUGAACGUCGACGGAGACGAUGACGAGAACCAUGCGAGCGAAAUUUUUAUUGCUGGACAGCAAGAUGGAGAAAUUGGGACAACAAGUACCCGAGCAGGAGGACCACGACCUGCGACGUGGGUGCAGGAGGAGAUUCCAAGAUGCGAUCGCAUUCCGGAAGUCACGUUUGAGGACGUUUUGUACGCGAAAGUGGUCUUCGACAGUCGCGCCUUUCAGAUCGAUUUCAAAGUCUGCCAAAAGACGCAUCGACCGAGGCAGGAAAGCGAAAGCGCCGAUGAAAAUUUUUCUGCUGAAGACGAGCAAGAGCAUGAAGGAGAACAAAACCAGGACCAGGAGGAUGCCGAAAUGCAGCUGAAUAGCUCGACGGAGUCUACUUUUACUGCCGACGGCGACGGCGGUGCCAUGGAGAUCGAGGCGCACCAAAAGGGCGAUGAGCAUCAAGGUGAAGCAGGAGCGUAUGCGCAGCAAGAAGUUGCUCUGCAGCAACAAGCAGCUAUGGAUACAACUUCUAUGGCAAUUUGCUCCUCUAGUACCAGUAUCAAGUGCAAAUAUGUCUGGGGCUGGAAGGUUGCAGAGGUUUAUGGUGCAGCUUUGGCAUGACCCAGAAGGGCUACCAUGCACGCCCCAGCAUCACAGGUUUUUAGAAGGUCUCUUAAUGCGUAAUCCGCAUGACAAAGCCCUUCUUUCGGUGGCCAGAAAUGUGCAACUUUUGGCUUCCUUGCAUGACAGAUUUUUGUGUCAUGUGCAAUGCGCAUCACAAGUUCGCAUCUUUCCAGACCCAGACAUAUUUGCAAUGCAUAACUAGCUGCUCCGCGGAAGAGUUGCGAAAAGACGAGAAAUAUGAAUUGCAAAAGUAUCGUACUCGUAUUGCAAUCAUGCAUUACAAAUUUUUUUCUUAAUGUAAAUCAGCAUUACAAAAAAUUUUCUUUCUCAUGCUUCGGAAAUUUGUAUUGCAUUUAUACCAGUACGAUACUUUUGCAAUUCAUAAGGAAACCAUGACCUUCGCGAAGCCGGCAAGCAGCUCCUGUUCUGCCCAAGGGGACGUGAACCGUCACGACCCGCCGUCCUGCGCGGACGAGGAUUCGUCCGAUCAUAGCGGAGAUGAAGUAGAGGGCGAUGAACUACAAAACACGUGUGGGGCAGGAGAAGCAGCCUCCUCUUCUGAAGACACUAAACCGCAGUAUAUUGACGGCGAGUGGUUUCCGUUCUCGAAGUAUCAACUGCAAAAAUGUCUGGGUCAGGAACAUUCUGACAAUUGUCAUGCACGUUUUGCAUGAGCCCUGAUGUCUGUGAUGCAUGCCCUAGCAUCACAUAUUUUUUCAGAGCUUCUUCAUGCCUAUUCCGCAUGACAAAUGCCCUCUCCGCGUAGCAAAAAUUGCAUUCCUUUUGGUACUCAUGCAAUACAUUUUUUUUUAGAGUCCAUAGUUAGCAUCACAAGUUCCAACCUUCCAGACCCAGACACUUUUACACUUGAUACGAAAGUGACUUGUCUCGUCCCCUUCGCCGACUACCUAAACCACGACCGCUCUUCGCCGAUCUGCGUGCCAAGAUUCGAGGCAGACAAAACUUGUCGUGCGGGAAAGCAAGAGGACGGAAACUUGUCAUGCAGAAGCACCAAGACCAGCCCGUCCCUGGGUCACUUCAUUCUGCAGACGGCCGCGAACGUUGUCCCUGCUCGUCCGGCAACUACUACGAGCGAGCCCACGAGCACGACGAAGAAUCUUCAAACAGAAACACCAAUUUCCUGCCCCCUUCCACCAAAGCAGCUUUGUCUGAACUACGGCCCGUUGCAAAACUGGGAGCUGUUGCAGUACUACGGCUUUUGCUUUGACCGCAAUCCAGCUGACACACUGCAGCUGGACCUCGGGGAGCCGGAGGAUGCCGAAGUGCAACUGUUGCUGCACAUGCACAAUGUCACGACCAGCCACGUGCUGUCACAUAUUGUGCCGACGACGAGCAACAGGACAGGAACAGCGUUGAUCGCUACUAGUACUUCUUCUUCGACGAGUUGUCCAGAACAAGCGGCUGUUCCCUGGCCACUUUCGAAGAAGCUGCUCAUCUGCUUGCGCAUUCUCCACGGCAUUGAUAGUGAGGACUUGCAGAAUUCUCUGUUCGAGAAAAACGAAGCCCGUUGCGCGGCAGACUUGCAAAUUGUGGAGACGUUGAAGGACGUGUUGAACGAACUACUCACCCCCGCGGACUCGGUGUUGCACGAGUCCGUGAUGACGCCAACGAACAUACCAAACGGAAAAAUGGGCCACAGCCAAAAUUUCAAAAUUUUGUUUUUCCGAUUGAGGUGGCCAAUGUGAGUUCUCGAGAUGGAGCACUUCUGCCAGUGCGUAUUUUCCCAGGCCGGGGCGAGGAUCACGGGUUGGCGGGAAAAAUUUUGAAAAUUUGAAAAUUUGGCUGUGGCCCAUUUUUUCGUUUGGUAGAACAAAAUUUGGGAGUCGCACGAGCAGUUUGGGGUGUUAGCGCAGAAAUUCCGGGAGUCGCAGCGGAUGCUGGUGAUGAGCAACUUGACGGCGUUGGAGGACUUUGAGCAGGAGUGUUUGAGGGUGAUGACAAAGAGGGGAUCUACGGGAAGUGCGAAAAGCAACAAAGGCAGCGGCGCUAGUACUUCUACUUCUUCUACGGGUGGUGCCCGUGGAGCAGGUGAUCGUAGUGCAGGUGCAGCUAGCGUUCCUGGGGAUGGAAAUAAACAAACAGAAAAUACUACUAGCACAUCGAAUGGACCGGCGGGAAAGAGGAGAAAGCGGCAACGGCGGUGAACAAGAGUUAUUUUUUGGAAAGCCUAAGUACUAGGACAGAGCGAGAGGUUGAUGUUCUGGAUCAUGCGAGUCGGAAGUAGAUGGAAAAAAGAAGGACGACUUGGAGUCGUAUGAAGGUCAGUUUCCUAUUGAAAACUUGGAUUCAGUGAAACUCUGUUACGGAAUAAAGAAGGAGAAGUUCUGUUUGUGACGCGCCCUGAUAACAUUCUUCUCAUGCCUUUGCACAAACAUAAUCGAGAUCUAUGUCCAAUCCAGAGCACCAU